UCUUGGACCGGGCCCGGUCAGCUUCCGCGGAGCCAUCGGCAGACGCCGCGGCCUCCCUUGAGCCCCGACCCCCGUCGUCAGAACAACCCCGGGCCCACUUCCCCCCACCCCACUUCCGCUUCGCGCCGCUAUCGCGAUAGCGCCUGGGCCCGGGGCGCGAGAAAAAGGCGGCGGGCGCUCGCCUCCCCCGCCUGUCGCGAUACGCUCCUCAGCGGCGGCGCCAGCUCCUGUGCAGCGUCCUUCUCCAAGAGAGUAUGAAGAGAGUGCGUCUGUAGGGCAGGGAAGAUGGCGGACAAGCGCAAACUCCAAGGUGAGAUUGAUCGCUGCCUCAAGAAGGUGUCCGAGGGCGUGGAGCAGUUUGAAGAUAUUUGGCAGAAGCUCCACAAUGCAGCCAACGCGAACCAGAAAGAAAAGUAUGAGGCUGAUCUAAAGAAGGAGAUUAAGAAGCUUCAACGACUGAGGGACCAGAUCAAGACUUGGGUAGCAUCCAAUGAGAUCAAGGACAAGAGGCAGCUUAUAGACAACCGCAAGCUCAUUGAGACGCAAAUGGAACGGUUCAAAGUUGUGGAGCGAGAGACCAAGACCAAAGCCUAUAGCAAGGAGGGCCUGGGCCUGGCACAGAAGGUGGACCCUGCCCAGAAGGAAAAGGAGGAGGUCGGCCAGUGGCUCACGAAUACCAUCGACACCCUAAACAUGCAGGUGGACCAGUUUGAGAGUGAAGUGGAGUCACUGUCGGUGCAAACACGCAAGAAGAAGGGCGACAAGGAUCAGAAGCAGGACCGGAUCGAGGGCCUGAAGCGGCAUAUCGAGAAGCACCGCUAUCACGUGCGCAUGCUGGAGACCAUCCUGCGCAUGCUGGACAACGACUCGAUCCUCGUGGACGCCAUCCGCAAGAUCAAGGACGACGUCGAGUACUACGUGGACUCGUCCCAGGACCCCGACUUCGAGGAGAACGAGUUCCUCUACGAUGACCUGGACCUCGAGGACAUUCCACAGGCGCUGGUCGCCACCUCCCCGCCCAGCCACAGUCACAUGGAGGAUGAGAUCUUCAACCAGUCAAGCAGCACGCCCACUUCGACCACCUCCAGCUCGCCCAUCCCGCCCAGCCCGGCCAACUGCACCACGGAAAACUCUGAAGAUGACAAGAAGAGGGGACGCUCGACGGAUAGUGAAAUCAGCCAGUCUCCAGCCAAAAACGGCUCCAAGCCUGUCCACAGCAGCCAGCACCCUCAGUCCCCAGCUGUGCCGCCAAGCUACCCCUCCGGCCCCCCGCCCGCCGCCUCUGCCCUGAGCACCGCCCCUGGCAACAACGGGGCCCCUGCCCCGGCAGCACCCCCAAGCGCCCUGGGCGCCAAGGCCAGCCCAGCUCCCAGCCACAGCUCGGGCACGCCCGCCCCCUACGCCCAGGCUGUGGCCCCGCCGGCUCCCAGUGGGCCCAGCCCCGCGCAGCCCCGGCCCCCCAGCGUGCAGCCCGGCGGAGGCGGAGGCGGAGGCAAGCAGAACGGCGCCACCAGUUACAGCUCAGUAGUGGCAGACAGCCCGGCAGAGGUGGCUCUCAGCAGCGGCGGGGGCAGCAGUGCCAACAGCCAGGCCCUGGGCCCCCCGUCUGGCCCCCACAACCCACCUCCCAGCACCUCGAAGGAACCCAAUGCGACAGCCCCAACGGGGGCUGGGGGCGUGGCCCCAGGCUCAGGGAACAACUCGGGGGGACCCAGUCUCCUGGUGCCACUACCUGUGAACCCUCCCAGCUCCCCGACACCCAGCUUCAACGAGGCCAAGGCGGCCGGCGCCCUGCUCAAUGGACCUCCACAGUUCAGCGCUGCCCCGGAGAUCAAGGCCCCUGAGCCUCUGAGCUCUUUGAAGUCCAUGGCAGAGCGGGCAGCCAUCAGCUCCGGCAUCGAGGACCCCGUCCCCACGCUGCACCUGACUGAGCGAGACAUCAUCCUGAGCAGCACGUCAGCUCCCCCGGCCUCGGCCCAGCCGGCCCUGCAGCUGUCGGAGGUGAACAUACCGCUGUCGCUGGGUGUGUGUCCCCUGGGGCCUGUGCCCCUCACCAAGGAGCAGCUCUACCAGCAGGCCAUGGAAGAGGCCGCCUGGCACCACAUGCCCCACCCCUCAGACUCUGAGCGUAUCCGGCAGUACCUCCCCCGGAACCCCUGCCCGACGCCCCCCUACCACCACCAGAUGCCGCCCCCGCACUCGGACACUGUGGAGUUCUACCAGCGGCUGUCGACCGAGACGCUCUUCUUCAUCUUCUACUAUCUGGAGGGCACUAAGGCACAGUACUUGGCAGCCAAGGCCCUAAAGAAGCAGUCAUGGCGAUUCCACACCAAGUACAUGAUGUGGUUCCAGAGGCACGAGGAGCCCAAGACCAUCACUGACGAGUUCGAGCAGAUCCCCGACCACCUCGUCCACUCACUGACCGCCUUCUCCCCCGGCCAGGGCACCUACAUCUACUUUGACUACGAGAAGUGGGGCCAGCGGAAGAAGGAAGGCUUCACCUUUGAGUACCGCUACCUGGAGGACCGGGACCUCCAGUGACACCGGCCCCUCCCUCCACCCUUCCCUCCCCCCGCAUGCUGAUCCCCCUGCCCAGGUGAGGGCCCUGCCCUGGAAGACUGGGGGGAGGCCCCAGGCCAUAGGGCAGCCCCCUCCCCCAGGAAGCAGGGAGGGGGCUGGGAGGCUUUCUCUUUCUCUCAGCCCCACCCUGGGGGCCCGGGGGCGAGGGCUGCCCCCUCCUCCCCUCCCCAGUGAGGGACAUUUUUUGGUAAACCUAUUUUCAUUUUGGAAAAUAUUUAUGAAUAAAUAGUUUUAUAUGA